UUAAAAAGGAGGUUGCGUAGCGAAUAGCGUAGCAUUUGCAAAGAGAUUCGUGGACUAACUCGUUUAGACGGCUGUCAUCGAUUGAUACCGUAGCGUGAGAACAAACAAACCAGAAAUGACGAUCGAUUUUUAUCACACACCCGGAAGCGGGCCGUGCCGCGCUGUUGCGCUGACAGCUGCCGCAGUCGGAGUUCCGCUGAACCCGAAAUUAGUGAACUUGAUGGCCGGCGAACAGAUGAAACCCGAGUUUUUGAAGAUGAAUCCCCAACACACGAUUCCCACGAUCGACGACAAUGGCUUCUACAUGGGCGAAAGCCGAGCUAUUAUGUUGUACCUCGUGGAACAGUAUGCCAAGGAUGACUCAUUAUACCCGAAGGAUCCGAAGAAACGCGCGGUCAUUAAUCAGAGACUGUUCUUCGACGCCUGCACCCUCUACAAAUCGCUUGCCGAUUAUUACUACCCCAUGCUUUUCGCGAAAGCGCCCGCGGACAAGCAGAAAUUCGAAGCGAUUGGAACAGCUUUAACUUUUGCCGAAAAGUUCCUGGAGGAUAAUGAAUUUUUUGCCGGAAAGACCAUGACCGUCGCUGACUUAACUCUGGUCGCCACCAUUACUACGCUUACCGCAUUAGGCUACGACCUGAGCAAGUACAAGAACGUGAACAGGUGGCUCGCCAAAAUGAAAACAACGGCGCCAAAAUACGAAGAAGCCAACGGGGCCGGUGUGGCGGAGUUCAAAAAGAUCGUUGCACAGAUGACACAGAAAUGAGGAGCCCGCCGAUAAGAUAGCUCGUCUAUCUGCGCUUGUCAGUGGCAACGAGAAGAUUUCAGAACGUUCUAUUCUCACUCUUCUCUUAUCACCGUCCCAUAUAUAGAACAUAAUUUCACUCGAAGAUAAAAGCUUAGUUGUACGUCGCAAACUUGAAUUUUGUACGAUACCGAAUAAAAUGUAAAUUAAUUACACGAUAAACAAUACGUCUUUGGACGAAGACGCGCGUGUCCUUGUCGCAACAUUAUGGAAACUAUGAAAACAGAUUUCGUGGUUCGACACGCCUCUCUCGUCGCAUUUGACGAUCUCGAGUGUACAUGAUUCGCCGAACUAUUCUACGCAACAAAUGAUCAUUACAAACAAAUCGAGCGUGAAUUAACGUUGUAUAUUUGCGCUACGGUCAUAUCUAUUGUAAUACCUCUGCAAACAGUUCACACUUCAACAUACAAAUUUAAUUCUUCGAGGGUACGCGGGGCGCGUUUAUUCCAUACAUUUUGAUUAGUAUUAAUUUCGGCCACACAUCGGGAGAUUGAACUUGGCUCGUUUGUAUGCACGUAUAUAUGCAACUAAAUAUAUAAUCGCUUUACCGGGCGUUACAAUUAUAA